AUGGCAAAUAAUCUAUUAGAAUACGAUGAAAAUGAAUUUUACCAACAGCUUUUCAAGGAUUACAACAAAACCAAAGAAGACCUAAAUAGCUUUAUUCAUAUAAUGAGAGAAUGGGCUGAAGCUCAAAAGCAUUUUCCUGAAAAACCAAAUGUUAAUUUGCUUCGUUUUGUCAUUCUGUAUAAUAAAUUCAGUGUAGAAGCAGCCAAGCAAAAGCUGGACAUGUUUUAUACGGCUAGGAGUUUAAUGCCGGAAUUUUUCCGUAAUAAUCCCUUGACUAAAGAUAUGAUUUUUCAGCGGAAAAUAUGUUAUCUGGUUCCACUUCCAAAAUUAGCAGACGACCAUGUUAGAAUCAUCUACGGCAAAUUGAAUCCGGAGUAUGCGGAUCCAAAAUAUUUUGUUCAUGAACAUCUAGCAGUCCAGUUUAUACAUUUAUUGACAUUAAUUGGCGAAAAUGACUUGUCUUAUCGUACUCAUUGCAUUUGCGAUUGUGAUCGCCUGCAAUUGGGACAUGCUGCCAAGGCAAGUCUUAUGGUCAUAAAGAAGUGUCAGAUUAUUGUGGAACUCCAAAUACAUUCUGGUAAUGAUAUUUUAUUUGAAUUAUUCGGCAAGGAGCGAAUGCCUAGAGAUAUAGGAGGUGAAGAGAAGUCCUUAGAGGAAAUAAAUGACAUGUUGCAUCAGCAAUAUGAACUUCACAAAGAUCGAUUUCUUGAACUGGAAAAACUAACCGUAGAUGAAUCUUUAAGACCGACCAAACUGCAAAAUGACGAAAUUCUUGGUUAUUAUGGAAGUUUUAGGAAACUUAAUGUUGAUUGAAAUACUAGAUUUCAAGAUUUAUAACAGCUUUUAAUCAAGGAGAAUGGUCCAAUUAUCUUUUUAAU